AUGGGAGGUCUGAUCAUCCCACUACACUCUUCACAAACACAGAAAUCGCAUCAUGCAACUGCAGGAAGUGCAGCAUCAACUGUAUCCUCUGCAGGCUCUGAUACGCUGCCAAGUGGUUAUGCAGCGCAGAAUGCGACAAGCACAUCUACUGAUCCGACCGCCACACUGGCCGCGGGAGCUAGCUCCGUCGCUCCAACUCCUUCGAAAGGGCUGCAGAUCAGUCUUGUAAACAAGAUGGCUUCAAACAACAUCAAGAUGUACAUGUCUGGCCUUGAUAUGAACGGCUCACUCAUAUUCCUCGACCAGAGCGGAAAAUGGUUCUAUCCGCAAGCCAACGGUACCACACCGCAGCCCAUCCCUUCAAACGUCGAGUUCAGCCUCGGAGGAGCCAAUACGUCCCUGAACUUCAUGACUCCGGGCUAUAUUCGCAGCGCCCGCAUCUGGAUCUCGCAGGGUAGCCUGAGCUUCUUUUCUGUCGCCACACCUGAUGGGCCUGGUCUCGUGCAGCCGGCUGCUGUCAACCCGGAUGAUCCCAACACCUUGAUCAACUAUGGAUUCGCAGAAUUUGAUUGGGAACCUUUGAGCGGACUUUAUGCCGAUAUCACCGCUGUCGACUUCGUUGGUCUGCCUCUUGGCAUGGAGCUGAUCGAUACGGAUGACAACCGGUUCACCGCUCUAGGCACGCCUGCUAAUGCGGCACCGGUUUUGUGCGACAUGUUGAAAAGGCAGGAGGAUGGCGUCUCACCAUGGGGCGAUCUAUGUGUCUACAACGCCGCUGGUGAAGUCAUUCGUGUCAUCUCACCAGGCAACCUCGUCGCUCAAGAACCCACCGCCUUCGACGGAAUUUUCGACGACUAUGUCAACCACGUCUACGCGCACUACUCCUUCGCCGAUCUCACCAUCAUUACCCAAACCGAUUACGGAAACGUCACCUGCCGCGUCCUCGACGACGACCAAUUCCACUGCGACGGCGACAACCGCGGCUACCCCAAACCCAGCGCAGCCGACAUCUUCGGCUGCAACAGCGGCCCCUUCGCCAUCAUGAAAGGCGACAACGCCGUCCACUACGCCAUCGUGCCCCGUCUCUGCGCGGCAUUCAACCGCGCUACUCUCUUAUUGCCCGGAGGUGAUCAACAGCCCGGACCUCGACCACCGACAUUCUAUACCGCUGCGCCGAAUAAUUGGUACAGUGCCUUCACGCAUCAACUUGAGGUCGGCGGCGGAGGAUAUGCCUUCUCAUAUGAUGAUGUUGAACUCUCCCAUGCGGAUAGUGCGGCGGGUCUGCUGGCUUCGAUGAAUCCGGAGGAAUUGGUAAUUUAUGUUGGCGGGUCAUGA